UGUGAGCAGAAUCUUUCAGCAGAUGGAAAGAAAGGGAGCCCUGUUUCUGACGAGACAUGUAUCCUUUCAUUGAACUUUAAAAAAGUGUUUCUAAAGUAAGUCAGGUACUGUAGACAGCAGGAUCAUGUUGAUGGAUCUUUUCCAGUCUUCAACUUCAGUCUUUUUGUCUGUGGCCAUUGUGGUUCUGCUUGGCCUACACUUUAUUUACUCAAGCUUCAGCUCCAACAGCAGGAGGGAGCCACCGGGGCCUAGACCUUUUCCCCUGCUGGGAAAUCUGCUUCAAGUGGAUCUCAAGAGACUCGACCGCUCUCUUGUUGAUCUGUCCAAAAUACAUGGACCAGUGUUUACAUUUUACUUAGGAAUGCAGAAGGUGGUGGUCCUGGCAGGAUACAAGACAGUCAAACAGGCUCUGGUCAACCAUGCUGAGGAGUUUGGAGAACGAGAGAUCAGUCCGUUAGCCUAUGAUUUCAACCAAGGACACGGAAUAAUCUUUUCAAACGGUGAUGUGUGGAAAGAAAUGAGGCGCUUUGCUCUAAGCACACUAAAAGAUUUUGGGAUGGGCAAAAGGAUUACUGAAGGGAAAAUCAUUGAAGAAUGUGGCUACCUGAUUGAAGAAUUUCAAAAGCAUGAAGGUGAAGCCUUUGAUAACGCCCAUAUGAUGAAUUACGCAGCUUCAAAUAUUAUAUCCGCUCUCAUAUUUGGAAAGAGAUUUGAAUACAAGGACCCUGAAAUCAAAGCUAUGUUGGAAAGAAACCACGAAGUCACCCGUCUUACGGGAACAGCAUCCAUUCUGAUAUACAACGCGUUUCCUUGGCUGGGACCUUGUAUUAAAAACUGGAGGAAUUUGAUGAAACUGGUGGAGGACAGCAUGAAGGAAACAAGGAGUAUGAUAGCUGACCUGAAGGAGACUCUGAACCCUGACAUGUGCCGAUGCUUUGUGGAUGCAUUCCUGACCCGUAAACUGAGUCUUGAGGAGGCUGGUGACAAAGAUUCACACUACAAUGAUGAGAACCUGGCCUACAGUGUGAUAAACCUGUUUGCUGCUGGGACUGAUACAACGGCAAAUACACUUCAGUGGUCUUUACUUUUCAUGGCCAAGUACCCUCAGUUUCAAGACAAGGUCCAGGAGGAGCUGAGCAGAGUGAUAGGAAGCCGUCAGUCCAGAGCUGAAGACCGGAAGAACCUGCCGUACACUGAUGCUGUCAUCCAUGAGACACAGAGACUGGCCAACAUUGUCCCCAUGGCCGUUCUUCACAGAACUAGCCAAGACGUCACCUUCCAGGGAUACUUCAUCAAAGAGGGGACUUGUGUGCUUCCUCUUCUUACUUCUGUCCUGCAGGAUGAGAGUGAAUGGGAAACCCCACACACUUUCAAUCCUUCCCACUUCCUGGAUAAGGAGGGUACAUUUAUCAGGAGAGACGCCUCCAUGCCAUUUUCUGCAGGUCGCAGGAUGUGUCCUGGAGAGAGUCUGGCUAGAAUGGAGCUGUUCCUCUUCUUCACCUCCCUCCUCCUGCACUUUCGUUUCACUCCACCACCUGGAGUUACAGAGGAUGAACUGGAUCUCACUCCAGUUGUGGGCUUCAUUCUGACCCCUUCCCCACAUGAGCUGUGUGCUGUCAGUCGUCAAUGAGGAAGGGAGCUAGAGCAUUGCAGUCUCCAUGUCACCCUACUGGCCCAGAAGGCACUGCAGGUUCUGGUCCAGAUUAUUCUCACCGUACGCAUAGAGUUCUGCAACUCCCUCCCUCCAUCUCAUUCAGAAUGCAGCAGCCUGACCCUUCUUUCAUCCAUGACAUGGUUAAACCGUACACUCCAGCAUGUGCACUUUGCUAAAAAGCUAAAAGCUGAUGUACUUGCAUCUUUUGUAGGUCGCUUUGGAUAAAAGUGUCAGCUAAAUGAUAUGUAAUACGAUUGCCUUGCUUUCUGCUGUACACAUUUGUAUGUACAAUAUAUUCAGACACUGCCUCACACAUUUAAAUGGGAAAGUGGUUUGUAUUUUAAUCAUGACUUUAUUUAUUUAUUUUUUCAUUAAUCAUAUAGGUAUGAAAACUAACAGUCAGUAAUGCUAGUCGAGAUUAUACAAAAAUAAUAGAUAGAAAAAAGGAGUGACAAAGGUAGUGCCUGCACAUAAUCAUUCCAUUAAUCAUUGCCUAUUGUAAGGACACAUCAUUAUUAUCAACACAUUAUAACUAAAGCACUGCAUUCUAUUGCUGUUGUAUUCUCUUAAAAUGUAAAAAAUAAAUACAUUUUAGAAUUGC